GUAAGUUGAGGUGUUAACAUGUGACAAUUAUUAAAAAUAAAAACAUAAAAAACGCAUAUUUGAACAUAUUUCAAAUAAUUCUUUAAAAUUUAUGAUGUCUAUAGCAGGAGUUCUUGCAGUAACUGUUGUUGAAGCCAAGAACUUGAGCGAAGAAAUUGAUCUAUGUAACCCUUGGGUUCAACUUAUUCUUGAUAUGGAUCAUAAUUAUCAAGCGACUAAAACCAUAAAUGGCGAUUCAAAUCCAAAAUUUGAUACAAAAUUUACUUUCAAUGUUCAAGGUCAUGAAAAACUCAAAGUCAAAGUUUGGGACGAAGAUCUAUUCAACAAAGAUAUUUUGGUAAGAAGAUCCAUAAAUAGUUCAAAGUUCAAAUUAAAUUUUAUACUAAUAAAUGUUAAAUAGAUUGGCGAAUAUGACAUUGAUAUCUCCAAAGUUAUUUCUAAAAAUUAUAUAGAUGCUUGGUUUGAUUUGACAAAAGACAUAUUAGAGUUCGAAAGUAAAGGGGAAA